UAUUCUCUGGGCGGUUCCAUUCUGUCUCAAGCAGCCGUCUAAACAAACCAAGACUAGCUCACCAAAGUAGCUGACAAAACACGAACAUGGCGCAUGCUUGCACCGACAGCUACCGAUAAAACAGUGUCGCGAACAAGUGGGAAACAAAGUUUUCAGAUAUUGCACCCACUUUGUGCCUUCAGUGGUGGAUUUGGUCAUGUAAAACACGAACGGAAUAGCUCUAGCGGGUGAAAGCUGCAAGUUGACUACAUGACAACAUUGUCUCUUAUAGUGUUGUAAAGAGCUGGUGGAUCCACUUAUUCCAAAGCCUGCUUCAAAACACCACCACUGGAGAAGAGGUAUUCGGAGUGGACUUUUAGUCUGACUCAGUAGGUGUGCAAACCAUCCGCUUCAAACGUCAGUACAGAGACAAAGUGGAGUCACAAUUCAACGGCUCAGUCAUAAGACGUAUGUGGCAGGGACUCCAGACAGUCACGGAUUAUAAAGGGAAAACCAGCCAUGAUGACGUCUUGCCACCGGACAAGCUAAACACCUUUGUCCGCAUCGAGGACUGUGAGCUAUCGUUCUCCGUGGCCGAUGCACGACCAGCCAUGAUUGAGGACAAGGGCCACCGCGUGACCGACUACUUUGUGGUGGCCGGGCUGACGGACAAGUCCACGCCCCUGGAGCAGGACCUGUCGGAGACCAAGUCCAGCGGGCCUAAGGCGCCCAUUACUGACCUGGCCGUCAUCAACAAGUCGGCGGGAGAGACUGUUCCCGAGGGCUUCACCUGCAUGGAGAGCACCUACAGUGGGCAGCAGGCCAACCUCAACCACGGCAGCCUUAAGAGCCACGAGCUGUUCCUCUGCUACAAGAGGGACCGCGACAAGCCCCCGCUCAUCGACAUCGGUGUGUUAUACGAAGGGAAGGAGCGUCUCAUCCAGGGCUGUGAGGUCAUUCAGGCCACGCCGUACGGCCGGUGUGCCAACGUCAACAACAGCUCUGCCACCUCGCAGCGCAUCUUCAUCACCUUCCGCCGCGCGCCGCCCGUUCAGCCCCAGAACUCACUGGCCGUCACCGACAUCUGCAUCAUCGUCACGAGCAAGGGCGAGACGCCGCCGCACACCUUCUGCAAGGUGGACAAGAACCUCAACUGUGGCAUGUGGGGCUCCAGUGUUUUCCUGUGCUACAAGAAAUCAGUGUCCGCGUCCAACUCUAUCAAUUACAAAGCCGGCCUCAUCUUCCGCUACCCAGAGGAUGACUAUGAGUCCUUCCCCCUGUCUGAGUCUGUGCCCCUGUUCUGCCUCCCCAUGGGGGCUAAGAUCGAGUGCUGGGCCCCCAACACACGCUACCCUCUGCCCGUCUUCUCCACCUUUGUGUUAACCAACUCCUCUGGGGAAAAGAUGUACGGCGCAGCCAUCCAGUUCUACGAGGUCUACCCCAUAGAUCUCCUCAGUGAGAAGCAAAAGGUGCAGCUGGGCUUGCUCACCACCGUGGAGAAGAAGAUGAUCCCCAACCGGACGGUCAACACCAACAAGUGCAUUUGCCUGCUCUCCCGCUGGCCCUUCUUCGAGUCUUUCCGCAAGUUCCUCAUGUUCCUCUACAAGCUGUCCGUCUCGGGUCCCCACCCGCUGCCCAUCGAAAAGCACAUCUCGCACUUUAUGCACAACGUGCCCUUCCCUUCACCUCAGAGGCCCAGAAUCUUGGUCCAACUCUCUGCACACGACACCUUGAUGCUCGCCCAACCUGUGUGUACUCCUCUCCCUCUCAGUGGGGCAGACUACAGUACGUUGCUGAUGAACCUGGGCUCUGAGAACUGUGCCACGCUGCUGCAUUUUGUCCUGCUGGAGAGUAAGAUCCUGCUUCACUCCCUGAGACCCGCUGUACUCACCGGGGUAGCAGAGGCCGUAGUGGCGAUGAUCUUCCCGUUCCAGUGGCAGUGCCCGUACAUCCCCCUCUGCCCGCUCUCCCUGGCGGGGGUCCUCAAUGCCCCCUUUCCCUUCAUCGUGGGCGUGGACUCCCGCUACUUUGACCUUUAUGACCCCCCGCCGGACGUGGUCUGUGUGGACCUGGACACCAACACUAUUUACCUGUCUGAUGAAAAGAGACACAGUAACUGGAAAAACCUCCCAAAGAAACCCUGCAAGAGCCUGUUUAACUCCCUGGCCAACCUGCACCACCAGCUGGGCAUCGUGCGUCGGACAGCCCAGGAGGGCUUGGCGGUGGAGAUGACCCCCAUCGAGGCGGACUUCACCUGGCACAAGAAGAUGACCUCCCUGGAGAUGGAGAUCCAAGAGGCCCUGCUGCGCUUCAUGGCCAACAUCCUGAAGGGCUACCGCUCUUACCUCAAACCCAUCACCCAGGCCCCCUCCGAGAAGGCCACCUCCGCAGACUCACUAUACGACCUACAGGGGUUUCUGAGGAGCAGGGAGCGCACCCACCAGAAGUUCUACUCCCAGCUGACCAAGACUCAGAUCUUCAUCCGCUUCAUUGAGGAGUGCACGUUCGUCAGCGACAAGGAUACGGGCCUGGCCUUCUUCGACGACUGCAUUGAGAAGCUAUUUCCCUCCGAUAAAGGCAACGACAAAGGCACUAAGGUGGAGGGUGAGUCCUCAGAGGACACCAAGCUUAUGGAACUAGACGAAUCACAGAAGAGCGAGCACACUGUCUUUGUCAUGCCCCCAGAACCCCCCGCCACCGAGGAAGGGUCCGACCCCCUUGCCCACUACAGUUAUAAGAGUUUUCCACGGUUGUGUAUGGACCUGUUUGACCGCCCCAGGGAGGUGAUACCAGCGCUGAGGAGUAGUACACCUGGGGCCAGCCUGUCCAGCAGCCCUGCACUACUGGCCAAGAGGACCAAGCAGGAGAUCAAGCUGGCCUACAAGAUGGCCAAGCGCUUCUACUCCAACCCUCCGCUGUGGGCCAAGUGUCUGUUCAGCCACUGCUACAGCCUGUGGUUCAUCUGCCUGCCCGUGGGGGUGAGGCUGGCUCAGUCCAAGAGCUGGGCCAUGCAACAGGCCUACAACGUCCUGCUCAAGAUGAGGACAUCUGAGGUGGAGGUGCUGGAUGAGGUGUGUUACCGUGUAGUGAUGCAGCUGUGUGGCGUGUACGGUCAGCCUGUCAUGGCCGUCCGUGUCCUGGUGGAGAUGAAGAAGGCAGGGGUGCACCCUAACGCUAUCACCUACGGAUACUACAACAAGGCUGUUCUGGAAGGCCCCUGGCCCAGUCGGAACCGCAGUGGGCUCUUCAUGUGGGCCAAGGUGCGCAACGUGGCGCGCGCUCUCUCUCAAUUCAAACAGGCAGUCCACCGGAUGCCCGCCAUGGAAGGACCCACCGUCAUCACGACAGCUUGCUCAGGAAGUGAUUUAGGCCCGUCAGCGGGCGGCUUGGCGAGCAGCGACGGCGACCGGCUGAGCCACGGGAGUGCAGACAGCUCCAGCGAGGCAAACGGAGAGGAUCACACCCUGUUCGCACGCAGCCUCAUCAUAGCAGACACCGCAGACAACCACUGCAGCGGAGGAGUUCAGUCUGAUCAAGGCUACGGCUCUAAAGAUGAAUUGCACCAGGACCUAGUGGAUUUGGCUCAAUCAGCAGCCCUUGUAAUCGCUGUGGAUCAGUGCAGCAAGUCCGCAGCACAGCACAACGGUGGGGACAUAGCUGGCUCGGUGGACAGUGCAGUGGCUGUAGCGGAGCCCCCCAGCCCUGUGAAAGCACUCCCACAUGUCCCUAGCAUCGUCAAACUGUCCACAGGGGCGAGUUUUGAUACCGCCAUGAAGAGAGGAGACACUGCCCCUGGGAAGCUGUUCUCUCUGCGCAGCCAGAGCGAGGACAUCUCCCUGCCGGUUGAGGGUAGGUCUGCACCUCCGGGUGGCUCCGGGGUGGCGGGGCCUGCAGUCCAGGUCCAGCGCCAGAAGGCCUUCUCGGAGCGCAGCUGCAGCUUCAGCGCCGAGAGUCGUGCCGGCAUGCUGAUGGAGAAACAUGGUGUGGACCACAUCGUCAGCCGCAUGGGCGCCGAUGCACGGAUCUUGGCGGCGGCUCUCUCUGGGGGCGGCACCACCCCCCCGCCUUCAAAGCCGCUUCCCAGUGCGGCCAAAGCCCUCUUUAAGGACCUGGAGUUGGACUCUGAGGAGGGGCGGGGUCCGACGCUGGGGAAACUGUCAGAGGAGGAGGGGCCAGUAACGGACCCAACCCCACUGGAGGAGGGGUUAGGGAAAGAGGAGAAGAGGAUGAAAGGUGACCGGAAGGAGGCAGGAGGGGAGGAUGAGAUGGGUCUAAAGUUGGGGGAGGAUGAGAUGGGUCUAAAGUUGGAGGAGGAAGAUGAGGAAAGAGAUUCAGGGGGGAGGGGCUCUAUUUCUCUGCCAACCUUGGAGAUUAAGGAGGUGCAGGUAGGGGCAGACCCCCUCUCCCUCCUUGUCUCGGAGCACGAGGAGUUAGCCUCCGUAACCAGUCAGGAGCUGCCGCAAUCCCUGCCUCCCAUGGUGUCCCGAAACCUGGCAGACGAGAUUGAGAUGUACAUGAGCCUCCGGAGCCCGCUUGGCCCCAAAUCCUGUAGCAUGGAGCUCCACCAGGAGGGCCAGGGAGGGGACCCUUCCCCGGAUGCUGCCCCAGUGAAGCAACCUCAAGAACGGAGGUCCAGCCUCCCCGUGCCCCCUGUCAAACACCCAGGGGGGUCAAACGGGGACACGACGCCUAAACGCAGCCCCGCAGCAGUCACGCGCUCCAAGACCUUCGCCGUGAAGGCCUCCAGAAGCCCUGCCUCUUCCAGGGGUGUUGUGGCCAGCCCAAGGUCAUCGCCACUGACUGCGCUGGUGAGGUCGUCGCAGAGUGGUUCGCUGGGGUCGGUCAUCAACUCCAUCUCGGGCAUGAAGAUGGACACCCUGCUCUCGGGACCAAAGAUAGACGUGUUGAAAUCAGGCAUGAAGCAGGCAGGGAACCUGGCCAGCAAGGUGUGGGGGGCUGUGGCCUCAGCCUACUCUUACUCUGACGACGAGGAUGAACUGGGCCCCGGCUAUAGGGAAAGGGACAGUUUCCCUGCCGGGCUGGAUGAGUCCAUGCUGUUGGGGGGUGGAGGAAGUGACAGUCCCACCCACAGAGGGCCCACCCAAGGCCUGGUGUCCAACGGCCUGACCCAGAGCAGCACCAGCCUGGGCAGCAGCAGUGGGAGCAGUGACACAGGGAGAGGACCCCACUCCACACACGUGACUCCAGGAAGGCCAGGCAGAGGUCCAGACUCUGAGAGGUCAGACCAAGGCUCCCACCACACCAGCUCCUCUAGUAUCUACCAGAACUGUGCCCUUGAGGUGCUGAUGUCCAGCUGCUCCCAGUGUCGAUCCUGUGAGUGUCUGGUAUACGAUGAGGAGAUCAUGGCGGGCUGGACGGCAGACGAUUCCAACCUCAACACCACCUGUCCCUUCUGCCGCACCGCCUUCCUGCCCCUGCUCCACGUCGAGUUCCACGACCUGCGCACCACCACAGCGUUCUACCUGAACCCCAGCGCAUCAGGAGACAGUAUCCACAGCACCAGCCAGCAGGCCACAGCUACAGGCUCCACCGAGAACAAGGUAGGGGCUGCAAUGGACACCCCGACCCCUGGCCUCAUCAGCUUCCCAGAAUCUGAGGACCCAGGAGAGGCCCCGGCCAGCCAGACUGCCACGCACAAGAGUUUGAUACCGGAGCCGGCUCAAUCGGAUCCCCUGGGCCUGCUGGAGCACCAGGCAGGGAAAAGGGGGACGUCUCUGACACGCAGCAACAGUGUGGGCGGGCCUCUACAGAGCCUGGUUGCCCAGAGAGAACCAGGACACAGCGUGUCCACCACCAGCCUGCCCUGCAGCCUGACAGAGAUGGUGAGUGUCCUUAGAAUGUCCCUGCAAUCCUUCCCACUCAGCGCACCAGGACUUGAGUCAAUUAAAUUUCGGGAUGGCCUGGGACAGAAACGGCCCAACCCAAUGCCCGUGUCUGUGCCCUACCUCAGCCCCCUGGUCCUCCGCAAAGAACUAGAGACCCUACUGGAGAAUGAGGGAGACCAAGUCAUCUACACCCACAAGUUCCUGAGCCAGCACCCCAUCAUAUUCUGGAACCUGGUGUUUUAUUUCCAACGCCUGGACCUGCCCAGCUACCUGCCUGGCCUCAUCCUCACCUCGGAACACUGUAACAAUGGAGUACAGCUCCACCAGACAUCCCUGUCUCAAGACAGUAAACAGGUGUAUGUUCAGCUGCUGUGGGACAACAUCAAUCUGCACCAGGAACCUGGGGAUCCCCUCUACCAGAGCUGGAGGACCCUGAUGGAGAAGAAGGGCACCCUGGCCCCCACGGACUACCAGGAGACACGGACUCUCCUCAACAGCAUCGUCCGCAGCAUCCAGACCAACGACGUCUAUGGCCCCAUCAACCUGCUUCUCCGGGAGGUCAAGAGGAACCCAGAGGUCAAACGCCAAAGGGGUAUCUAUCGGGAGAUCCUCUUCCUGGCGCUGGUGGCAUUGGGACGGGAGAACAUUGACGUUGAGGCUUUUGACCGUGAAUACCGCCUGGCCUUUGAUGAGCUGAGCCCAGAGCAGCUCAAGGCCCUGCAUAAGAUCGACCGGCCACCCAACACCAACAUCCAGUGGUGCCUCAAGUGCUUCGGCGCUCCAGUCAUCUGAUUUGGCCACUGCUGCUAUCUGCUGGACGCUCUGAGGACCUCACUCACACUGGAGAGAAGCAGACAAGAGAAAGGGGGGGAAGGAACUUGAUGGGUGAGGGUGUAAGGGAGAAUUUUUGCACCUUCAUAUCACCCAAAGAUGGUACUUUUUUAUCCCGAAAGUCCCUUUUGUUGUUCUUUCCCCGCGGGCCGCUUGUAUUGCAUUGUUAUUUAUGUAAAUACUCUGGAAGGUCAGGAAAAUAGAUCCUUGUAUUUAUAAAGCCCUUCCUACAUCAGCUGAUGUCACAAAGUGCUGUACAGAAACCCAGCCUAAAACUCCAAACAGCAAGCAAUGCAGGUGUAGAAGCACUAUACAUUAACUGAACUGUUGGUAAACGAAUAGGUUAACAAAAUAACCGCAUAUUAACAAUUAAGCUUGUAUGAUAGCAAGCUAGCUACGUUAGCUUCCUAGCUACAGUAGCAUGGCAAGAAUGGGGGACGCCUACUAUAUAAAAUGGUGUGGUGAGAAUGCCACUUGUACAGUGUUAGUUCCUUUUAUGAUCGAGUAUGCGUGUCUCUCACUGCCCAGUCCUGAGUGGCCUUGCUCCAUCUCUGUCCUAUAGCCCCAGGAUCUGACCCCAACACCCCUGGCCCUAGAACCACUUUGUAGUAUUCUAGUAGGCGAUUUACCCAUGGACAGAAUACUGAUCGUCACUGUCAUUGAUGUGCACUUUUAGAAACGGUAGCUUUACCAGUCCGUUGGUUGUCUUUUUUGUACAUAUUUUUCUACAUGGGGGAUGCCUUGAUGCUGAUAAUGAUUUCUACAGAUUCAGUCUUCACUAUUGUUGUUGUGUCAUUGUGGGUGUUUGUCUUGGAAUGCAAUUCGUUUUUGAGAAGUAGAUUUCUCUCGUUUUGUGUGUAAAUAAGUGUUGGAGAUCAGUUCGAGAACAUUCCAGAACCCUGCAAACGUGUCUUAAAAGAAAAGCCUGAACUAAAUGUUUUAUUCUUACAACAUCGACAUCCCAAUGGGAGAGAAAAGGAAUCUGUCGCAGCAUACUCAACCUAGAAUGUUUCAGGUUUAGUCACUAGCCAUUUUGGGGCUAAAAAUCAAAUGUAACCAUGAAUAGGAAGGGAACUGAGAUGCAGCUCUUUCCUUCCAUGCCUUGAGCAAAAGACGAGAGCCGUUCUGUCACAGGGAAAGAAACCACGGUAAGUUACUGCGGUGCCUCGGUAGUAGUGACAAGUCCAACAUACAGUUAAACUCUUAUGGUAAUAUAUGCUUUCAUGUGAUUAAAAAUCUGCUUGUGUACAUGCUUGGGUUACUCCAUAAUAUAUCGACAGUAUAUCUGACUGACAUAGAAAUAUCCCUCCCUUUGAAAGCUUAACCAUCAUGAAGCAUUGUAGUUCAGGAAGAUAAGCUAGCUUUUAAAGGUUUACAUAUUAGUGAGGUCUGCCUUAAUUCAUUUUAUCCCAUCUCUUGUUUUCCUUUUAUUGUGAAUGGAAUAUCAACUUUGAGCAGCGGAAGAGACUUUACACAGCACAUAAAGGGCUCAUUCAAACCGGAGAAUUAUGCCCAGGGCCUGUAGGAGUGAGUGCUGACCUAGGAUCAGGUCUACAUCUGUCCAUGUAAUCUUUAUUAUUUGAAAGGCAGAACUUAUCCUAGCUCAGCACUCCUAAGACGCUUUAAGAAUACGGACCCAGAUGACAUUACAUAAAGUAUCAUAACGGCUCUACACACCACGUUGUAGGUGGUCCUUUCUAGAUACAAAAGGGAGAGUCACACAGAAGUGUGAAUACUCUAUGUAAAGAUGUCAGAUUGCACUGCUUAGAUUAGUACGUGAUUUAACCCCAAUUGGGAUCAUCUGUUCCAACUUCAAACUUUACCACCGCGAAACCUAAAUCCAACUGUUUAUUAUUAGAACAUAUGGACAACAGAACAUGUAUCAAGCCAAUCACAGUGGUGUUAUACAUUUGAUAACUAACUUCUUUAUAUCGAAGCGAUUCCAUCAUAUAUGACAUUUGAGCAUUUCCUGUUGGCUAAAAGCUGUGCUUGAUGUGCUCGUCAGAGGAUGUAUACAAAAUGGUUCAAUCUACCGUCCUGUGGAAUGCACGUGAAUGUCUAUACACUAUUGUACUGCAAUAAAUGAGUUGUGACCUGAUUCAAAA